AUGGACCCCUUCACGUUCAUUGGCCAGGGCACGGCGCGGCCGAGGUUCGCCAUGAAGGCGAUGAUGAUGGUGGAGUCCGGGAUGGACCGUCACAUCUCCACGUCGCCGCCCAGCAACGGCGCUCUCGCAGUCGAGCACCUGCAUCAGCGCCACCACCCCGAGGGCAACGGAGACGCGCACCAUCACGCCCUGCUCGUGCGCGAGGAGGACGCGACGUCCGCCGGCGGGAAGGCCGCGGCGGCCCGAUCGCCGAGAUCCCCGUCCGGCGGAUUCGCGAACGAUAACCGCGGGAAUCCCUUCCUCGCCGCGCUGUUCCUCGGCAUCCUCGCCGUGGAGAACACCGCUUCCAUGCUCGCGCGCCGGUACGCCGUGGGGGUUAUUCGCUUGAAGUUUAGCAAGAACGCCGUGCUCGCGGUGAACGAGCUCAUGAAGCUCGCGUUCUGCCUCUUCAUGGCCACGCGCGAUCCACAGAAACACGGCGGCGGCGGCAUCAACGCGACCACCAGGCGUCGCCGUCGCCGCGCGCAUCUCCGCGCGGUCGUCGCCGGCUCCCGACCCAUGGCCGUCCCAGCCGUCGUGUACCUGGUGGUGAACUUGAUCUCCUACCCCGCGCUCGAGCGAAUCAACGCCAGCGUCUUCACCGCGAUAUCGCAGCUGAAGGUGCUCGCCACCGCGUUCUUCGCGGUGCUCAUGCUGGGCACGCCCAUCAGCGGACGCAAGUGGCGGACGCUCACGGUCAUGGUCCUCGGGGUGACGCUGGUGUCGUGGGAGUCGGCGCCGGAUGCAGACGGGUUGACGAAAUCGGGCGGAGACGUCAUCGCGUGGGACUACGCGGUGGGGAUCGCGUGCGCCGGCGUGCAGACGGCGCUGAGCGGGUUCGGGUCGAUAUACUUCGAGAUGAUGCUCAAGCGCGGGAGCGUACUUACUGUAGGGGGCGGCGGUACGGGUUUAGGGGGCGGCGAGCGGGGCCCCGAAACUUUCUCCGUGUGGGACAGGAACAUCCAGCUGGCGAUGUACUCGAUCGCGAUUUAUUUGCCGAUGGCUUUCCUGGACGUCGGCGGGGCGAACAUACUGGAGGGGUGGACGCCGCUUGUGUGGGGGAUCGCGUGCCUCCACGCGUCCGGCGGCGUCCUCGUCGCGCUGUCCGUGCUGUACAGCUCCAGCGUCACGAAGACGGUUGCGGUGUGCGCGAGUUUGGUGCUCACCACCGUGAUGGGCAACGCGCUGUUCGACGCGCCUCUCAACGGCGCCAUCGGGCUCGGGUGCGCGGUGGUGGUGAUCGCCGUGUUCGGGUACAGGGACGACUGCGACGUCGAGGAGGAGCUGCGGCGGCUGAGGCGCCUCGCGGAGGGCGGUCCGGGAUUCCACAGGAGUUAG